CUGCUAUUGUCAAGAGAUGAAGUAUUACAGGUAGCAAGUACACAGUGUAUGGCUGCUAUAUUGGUGCAUUCUCCAGCUAAAUAUGCUCCAGCCUUUAUCCAUGCAGAUAUUCCAGAGAGCCACAAUGAGGGCAUCACAGAAGUUGUCAGGCAUCCCCUCUGUGAACCAGAUGUCUUCCAAGAUGCCUUGGAAUGCCUGAAUCUGGCCAUUGCAUUCUAUACCAGCUGUAGUUUCUGGGUCAUCUCCAAAGGAAGCUCUAUAUACAGCGGUACUCCAGUAUAUACAGCAGUAUAUACAGGGUGGUGCUUUGGGUGUGAAUUACAGAUGAUGGAUUAUCCUGGUACAGGCAUACAGCCUCUUAUAAAGAGCCUGAAAGAAACCUUCCAUCUUAAUAAUACAGAGUUGCAAAAACAAGGACUUCUGCUUUUUAUUGAAAUUUUGAACAAGCAACCAGUAGAAAUCAAAUUAUUUACAAAUAUUGCUGUACUUAAAGAUGCUAUUAGUAUUCUUUUGGAAGCUGUGAAAUGCCCUGCUAUUGAAGUAGCAGCCGAAGCUGUGAAAGCUGUGACUGCAAUUUUGAGAAAGGAUCAUGUAAGCUUUCCACCUAUACGAUAUGGACAACUACAGAAAUUGAUUGAAACCAUAUUAAUGCGAUGUAACGAUCUCCCACUGGCACCUUUUAGUAAGAGGCUGAUGGAUCAUCAAGGGGGUAGAUGUAAGAACAGAGCAGUUUCACAACAGGCACAGUUCUUGCAGAGUGCCUUAGAAAGCUUCAGAAAUGCUUGUAGCUUAGCUGUGCAAUACCAAAAGGAUCCUCUGGCUCAGGAGAACACUUUUACAGCUCCAAACUCAGAAAAUAUUGAUACAUUGAAAGGAUUUUCGGAAUUUCUUCUAAGGAUAUCUGAUUCUCUUUGCAUCCCCAUGGUCAUGAAAUAUUCUGAAAGGGCUGUGCACCCAGGUGUCAUGGAAGUCUUCCUUUCAACUCUCAGCAUCCUGUUCAAUGUUAUGCCAGACAUGCGUAAGAGUUUCUCCAUUAAGAUGGUAUCUUCUUCUUUCAUCCAACUGAACCUGGAAUUGAAAGCCAAAUUCUGCACUGGACAAAGAGAUGGCGAUCGCAAAGGGCGUGUCCCGCGGAUCUCAGGGAUGCCGCAAGUCCCAGAUCGAUCCCGGGAGAAGCUCUUGAAGCCGGCGGAGGAGAGGCAGCCAAAAAUGGCUGCGAAAGCCGGGGCAGCUCCAAAGGAAGAAGAAAGAGAGGGGUGUCAACCGG